GCCCGAUGGCGCUUGCGCGCCUCAUUUGCUCAGCUCCCCACCCUUUCCUCCUGAGGCGGCGCGAGAGGAAAAUGGCGGAGCUGUCGCUGGGGCGCCACUGCGGGGUGCCGGACUGCCGCCAGCUGGAUUUUCUCCCCUUUGUAUGUGAUGGCUGUUCAGGUGUUUUUUGAUGCUUUCAAAACAUUUCUGGCGUUGUGUCUUCAGCACAGGAGCCGGGAUGCUCAUGGGUGUUCUGAGGUGAAUAUAAGAAACAAUUCUGUGAAACCAGAUCAGCACAGAUCUUAUAUCUGUUCAUAUAAGGACUGCCACGCAAAGGAACUUUUGCCAGUUUUAUGUCCCUACUGUGAAAAACAUUUUUGCCUGAGACAUCGGCAUCAGUCGGAUCAUGAGUGUGAGAAACUGGACACACCAAAGCCUCGAAUGGCUGCCACUCAGCAGCUAGUUAAAGAUAUUAUAGAUUCUAAAAAAAGUGAAGAAAUAAAAAGCAAAAAACGCAAGGGAGCAAGAAAAAGUGAAACAGCAGCAAAAGUGGCAUUAAUGAAACUGAAAAUGCAUGCAUGUGGUGACAAGUCCUUGCCUCAGACAGAAAGAAUUUACUUUCAAGUACUUUUACCGAAGGGAAACAAAGAGAAAAGCAAGCCCAUGUUCUUUUGCAGUAAGUGGAGUAUUGGCAAAGUAGUAGAUUAUGCAGCUUCCUUAGCAAGCCUUAAAAAUGACAACAACAAAUCAACGGCCCAGAAAUUGAGGUUAUGCCAUACUGCCUCUGGAGAAGCCUUGCCAUUUGAGCACACAUUGGAAAAAUGGUUAUCUGAUGAAGAUUAUCCAUUAUUCAAUGGUGGAAAUAUAAUUCUGGAGUAUCUUGAUAAUGAUGUUUUAUUUAUAGAAGAUACAGAGUCAUACUUACGUUAGUAAAAUAUUGCAAACUAAAGAGCAGAAGAAAAUUUUCUAGAAAGGUGAUGUUCAAACCAAGACCAGUUUCCUCUUCAUGGAAUCAUAGAAUGGCUUGAGUUGGAAAAGACCUUAAAGAUCAUCUAGUUCCAAGCCUCCAGCCAUAGGCAGGGUUGCCACCCUUAAAUUACUGUAUGCCAGAAUCUGUUCUCACCUCUGGAAGACACAGUUUCCGUGAAUUCUUCAGCUGCGUAAUUGGCAGAACUAUGUCCUAAAAGGACUGCUAGUUACAAUAACUCAUAUUACAGAUACUCACUAGCUAAAAUAAACUCUUGCUUUAUUGAUAUUUUACAGCUAAAUUUUAUAUGUAUUUAUUUUUGUUUAAAUGAUGGCUAAAUUAUGUUAUUGAUAAAUAUUGAAAAUGUGCA